AUGAGUUAUAGAUCUUCCAGAGGACAACAUAUACUAAAUUUGGCUUUAAAUGUUUCAAAAGCAGAAAAUGAGAUGGAAUCUUCAAACAAUGAUCAAGAUAAUGAGUAUGAUGGCUAUGAUUCCGACGUAGAUCCAGAAUUCAGAUUAGAGGAUGAAUAUCAAACUAAUAUAAGACAUAAUGAAGAACAUUAUCAGGAAGGUGAUGUAGCUUUGGAAAUCAAAGAAGAAAUGCUAGAACAGAUUUUGAAACAAAAUAUGAAUUCUAAAAAGAAAACUUCCAUAGUUUGGGACUUUUUUACUAUCAUAGAUGAUGCUCGAGCGAAAUGUAAUAUGUGCAGUCAAGUAUUAUCAUACAAAACAAGUGUUACUAACUUACGUCAACACGUGCAAAGAAAACAUCCAUCUAUUACAUUUAAUGAAUCAGUUCAAUGUAAAACCAAAAAUCAAGAUAGCGUACCUAUUGACAAUGACGAAACUGACAUUCAACCUUUCUCCAUAGUGGAAGAUGAGGGUUUCCGAGAGUUUUGUGACGCUGUGGGUUAUACUUUGCCCAGUAGGAAAACACUAAGUAAGAAUUUACUUCCUGCCAAAUAUUUAGAGACUUUAUAUAAAACUAGAGAAAUUAUGGCAACCGCCGAAUUGGUAACAAUAACUACUGAUAUGUGGUCAUCCAGAAAUGGUGAUAGUUUUAUGGGAGUUACAGCUCAUUUUAUAAAUGAUAAAUUCGAACUCAAGUCAAUCCUUUUGGAAGUUUUUCUGUUCGAUGGAUCUCAUACGAGUGUAAACUUAGCAAAUGAACUACGACGUGUUACAACUAAAUGGGAUUUGCACAACAAAAUAUUUAUAGUUAUUACUGACAAUGGUGCAAAUGUAAAAAAAGCGAUUUUAGAAGAGUUACAAUUAAAACAUUUGGCUUGUUUAGUACACACUAUUAAUUUAAUAGCUCAAGAUGGUCUAGAAUCAAUCAAGAGUUUAAUUGAAAAGGUUAAACUUGUCGUUAGUUUAUUCAAGCGAAGUAAUUUAGCCAAAGAGAAGCUUGAUUGGUGUCAAAAGCAAAACGGCAAAGAUCCCAAAAAAUUAAUUCAGGCUGUUCCUACACGAUGGAACUCCGUUUAUUAUAUGCUGGAGAGAAUUGUUAACCUCAAAGAAGAAGCUAGAGCUUCUAUUGCGGUAUCAUAUCGACAUCAUUUGCCGAAAGACCGACAAAAGUUGUUGAAGUUAUCUUCAACAGCAGCCAGGUGA